UUUCUUCUUCUACUCUCUCACCACCCAAAAACCUCUCCCACUCACUCUCCCUCUCCGACAUCAAAAACCUUCACUUUCUAGGACCGGAAUCAGACACCGGGUGACCUGAACUUUACUCCGUGGAUAGUAGAAUGACGGGCUUGAAUGAGGCAGAGCAGGAUAAGUACAACAUGAUUAAUUUCGAAGAGACCGAAUUGCGACUCGGAUUGCCCGGUGCUUCCGCCGCCGCCGCCGACACGGAGUCUUCACUCAAGAACAACUGGCCUGCUGGUGGCAAGAGAGGCUUCUCCGACACCGCUGUGGAUUUGAAGCUCAAUCUCUCUUCCAACACUGCACAGUCACCCCACAAGCCUGUCGACAACACAACUGCUGCCUCUCCCUCAAACGAUCCCGCGAAGCCACCCGCUAAAAUGAAAAUUAGGCAGAGUCAGACACGGGGAAAUGGGAUAACUACGAGGGCUCAGGUAGUGGGUUGGCCACCGGUGCGAUCAUUCAGGAAGAACAUCGGGACGUCGCAGAACCAGAAGAAUAACGAGGAAGAAGGAGCGACGUUCGUAAAGGUGAGCAUGGACGGUGCGCCUUAUCUGCGCAAAGUGGACUUGAAGCAGUACAAGAGCUACCAACAGCUGUCGGGGGCGCUGGCUAAAAUGUUUAGCUCCUUCACCAACGCCGAUUACGGCUCCCCUCAAGCCACCAAGGACUUCCUCAACGAGAGCAAGUUGAUCGAUCUCUUGAACGGCUCCGACUACGUCCCCACUUACGAAGACAAGGAGGGAGAUUGGAUGCUUGUCGGCGACGUCCCCUGGGAAAUGUUCGUGGAGUCCUGCAAGCGCCUCCGCAUCAUGAAAGGAUCCGACGCAAUUGGCCUGGCGCCGAGGGCAGUGGAAAAAUGCAAGAGCAGAAGCUGAGCCGAUCAAAUUUCAACCUAUAUAUUUCAACCCUCUGCCGGCUUGUUCGCCGGAGCCAAACUGGCUCCAUCCGUAUCGAAUCUGCGCGCGAUCGAGCUUGGAUAGUAUCAUGUCUGUGCGGUGUUUUUUUUUUUUUUUCGGGUUAAAUUUUCUUAUGCGUGAUGUAUAUGAGAAAAUAAUUGGAAAUUUGUCAGUGACGUACAAUAAUAUAGAUGUUCAUAUGUGGGCCCCCCUUUUCAGGCGAUAACAAAAUGUGACUCGAUCUCUAUCGAUAAUGAAUUAUUGUGUCUCCCCAAUAAUUGUGACAA